AUGAAGGGUACAGCGCUGUUCGCCUCCGCCCUGGCGGCUGGCACCGCCUCCGCUGGCGGCAUCCACAAGAUGAAGUGCGUCAUGGAAAGCACCGACGUCAGAUGCGAUGGCAAACUGACCUUAUCCCAGGCUUAACAAGGUCCCUCUCUCUGAGCAGCUCGUAAGCCAUCCAUCGCACAGCAUCGCUUGAUCCCGCAGCUGACAGCGCUUCGCAGGAGGGUCUCAGCAUCGAAGACCAUGUCCAGCGCCUCGGCCAGAAGUACCUGGGCAUCCGCCCACAGAGUCGCCUCGACGAGAUGUUCAAGGAAACAUCCGUCCACGCCGAGAAGGGCCACCCAGUCGCCGUCUCCAACUUCCUGAACGCUCAAUACUUCAGCGAGAUUGCGAUUGGAGACCCACCGCAAGAGUUCAAGGUGGUGCUGGAUACCGGCAGCUCCAACCUGUGGGUGCCUAGCCAAGACUGCGGAUCCAUCGCUUGCUACUUGCACUCCAAGUACGACCACAGCUCCUCGAGCUCGUACAAGAAGAAUGGCUCCGAUUUCGCCAUCCGAUACGGCUCCGGCAGCCUUGAGGGAUACGUCAGCAAAGACACCGUGCAGAUUGGAGACCUCAAGAUCAAGGACCAGCUGUUUGCUGAGGCCACCUCGGAGCCAGGCCUUGCCUUCGCAUUCGGCCGCUUCGACGGCAUCAUGGGGUUGGGCUAUGAUACCAUCUCCGUGAACGGUAUCCCACCACCAUUCUACAACAUGAUCGAUCAGGGCCUGCUGGACGAGCCCGUCUUUGCUUUCUACUUGAGCGACACCAACGAGGGCGACGAUUCUGAGGCUGUCUUUGGUGGUGUGGAUGAGAGCCACUACACCGGGGAGAUGACCAAGAUUCCUCUCCGCCGCAAGGCCUACUGGGAGGUUGAUCUUGACGCCAUCACCUUUGGCGACCAGACCGCCCAGAUCGAUGCCACUGGUGCUAUCCUCGACACUGGCACAUCGCUCCUCGCUCUUCCAUCUACGCUUGCCGAGCUCUUGAACAAGGAGAUCGGCGCCAAGAAGUCUUACAACGGCCAGUACACCGUCGACUGCAGCAAGCGCGACUCUCUUCCAGACCUCACCUUCACCCUGACUGGCCACAACUUCACCAUUGGUCCAUACGACUACAUCCUGGAGGUCCAGGGCAGCUGCAUCAGCGCUUUUAUGGGCUUCGACAUUCCGGAGCCAGCCGGCCCCCUUGCCAUCCUUGGUGAUGCUUUCUUGAGGAAGUGGUACUCCGUCUACGACCUCGGCAACAACGCUGUCGGCCUCGCAAAGGCCAAAUAA